UCAGAUUUUUCAAAAUUUGAAAUUUCCAGCAUUUCCAGCAAAAAUUUUGCUUGUUUUUUCGAUUUUUGCAAAAAAUAUAAUCUUCUCAAGCUUUAAAUUCGGUAUGAAGCUUUUAAAAAAUGCUUUUUUGGCAGGAUUUUUCGCCUCAUGUGGAAGCGUUUUUGCUAAAUUCUCAUCGAGUUUCGAAUCCGAAGAAUCCAGUUUUGCAAGUUGGAAUAUAUUUAUCUACGUUUCAUUCAUGACACUGAUGAUACUCUGUAAUUCGACCGGUCUAUUUUUCUUCACGAAAUCUUUGCACGAUGUAGACAACACAGUUGUGGCUACUUUAGCCAGCACCGUUAGCAAUUACAUUAAUUCGGGUGUCAUGGGAAUAUUGUUUUUCAACGAAACGUUAUCGUGGUACUGGUUCAUCGGAUGCUCUUUCGCUGUAAUUGGUAUUCUGUUCACUGCAUCGGAAGAAACUCAACAAAAUCGAGAUAAAAAUAAGUGAAGAGUAGUUUGCCAUGCUUGUGUUUCAUGACCUGUCAAAAUGUCUAGUGAUGAGUGAUCGAUCAUCGAUCAGAUCAGUCGAGUACGAAUACUGCACGAAGAAGUAAUCGUUUGAAGGAAACGAUUAUCUCACAAUGUUUCAUAUUAUUGGGUUCAUCUUUUUGCGAGCUCGAUGUGAUGCUCAAUUAUGAGUAUUUUAUUUCAAUAAAUCAUGAAGUUUGUGAGGGUAAUGGAACGAAAGAAGGGAGGGUUACUUUGUAUUGAGGAAUGAGGAUUGGAACUUGGAAGUAUUAAUUAUUAUUAAUCUGUACGAAAUCUGGAAGUCGUUUGAAUACUUUCGCAAAGUUCAACAUAAUAAAGAAAUUUUCUCAAGAGA